UUUUAUUUUCAAAAACAGAAACAGAGCUUCGUCCGUUUUCAUAAACCAACAGCUUUUCCUUUUUCUUUUUCUUUCUUCCAUUCUUCUUCUUCGUCUUCCUCCUCCCACCCUCUCUCUCCCUCUCUCUCUCUCUCUCUAGAAAAGAGGUUUGUUCCCUCAACAAACUCAACCUCCCCUUUCCUUCUAGUCCUCCUCCUCCCUCCCUCCCCUCUCUCUCUCUCUCUCUCUCUCUCUCUCUCUCUCUCUCUCUCUAAACCUCGUAACUUACGCUUUCAGUAUCAAUCAAAAUCCCCAUAACGUAAACCCCUUGAUUUAGCCAGCCCAGUUUUGGGAGUUCCUAACAAGAAAAAGAUUGCACCUUUCCAUUUCCAUUUUCAUUUCCUCCAAUCCCCAAUUCAAGCUUUCGUUUUCGGGUUUUUGGGUUUCAGCCUGAUGAGAGAAUUUGAAGAAUUGGGUCGCUGAUUCUGGACACGUGGAUCUUAGGGUUUUGUAGGUUCUUUUUUUUUUCUUUUUCAAUGCUGGGUUUGAAAUGGGUCGGAGUCCAAGUCUGAAGGUUUGAAUUGACAAUUUGAGGUGUGAAUUUGGGGGUUGGGGAGGUCUGCGUAGACUGAAUUUGUAGCUUGUGGUUGUGAAAAUGAUGGUUUCCGCGUCACCGUCGAUGAUAGCGAGGAGCUCAUUGGAGGAAAUGCUGGAUUCGCUUCGGCGGAGAGAUGAGGGCGAAAAGCCGAAGGAGUUGCCGCCGGCUUUGCCAGCUCGGCCACCUUCCAGGGCUCGGCUGCCAUCAGCCCGCCGCUCUUUGCCCAACAACUUCAGGGUCGAAGGCGCAGAGCGCUCACUGGAGUGUUUGCCUAGUAUGAACAAGAGAAAAGACGGGGACUUGGGGUUCAAGACAAGUAAUUUUGGCGUGAAGAAGACGGAGAAUGAUCAAAAUGUUGAGUCGCCAUACGGCAGGUCACUGAAGGACUGUCGAAUGAAGCCGGAGCAGAAGAUUGCAAAGUCGGAUUGCGAUGACAACAUUGGUUAUUUCAUCAAGAAGAAACUUCAUGUUUGGUGUCGGCUACCUGGUGGGCUGUGGGAGUUAGGAACGAUACAGUCAACUUCAGGGGACGCCGCCCUUGUUUCAGUCUCUAGUGGAAAUGUAAUCAAAGUUUGCAGAGUUGAUCUUUUACCUGCAAACCCAAAUGUUCUCGAAGGUGUGGAUGAUCUUAUCCAGCUUAGUUAUUUGAAUGAGCCUUCUGUACUUUACAAUCUUCAAUGUAGAUAUUCCCAGGAUAUGAUUUAUAGCAAAGCUGGGCCAGUUUUGAUUGCAAUCAAUCCUUUCAAAGAUGUUCAAAUUUAUGGAGAAGAUUUUGUCACAACUUAUAGGCGGAAACUAACAGACAAACCUCAUGUUUAUGCUGUGGCAGACGCUGCUUAUGAUGAGAUGAUGGCAGAUGAUGUAAAUCAGUCCAUAAUCAUAAGUGGGGAAAGUGGAGCUGGGAAAACCGAGACAGCAAAAGUUGCAAUGCAAUACUUGGCUGAUCUUGGUAGUGGCAGUUGUGGCACAGAGCAUGCAAAUGCAAUCCUUCAGACCAAUUGUAUACUAGAAGCGUUUGGAAAUGCAAAAACAUGCAGAAAUCACAAUGCUAGUCGAUUCGGGAAAUUAUUUGACAUUCAUUUUAGCACAGCAGGAAAAAUAUGUGGUGCUUCUAUCCAAACAUUUUUUUUGGACAAGUCUAGAGUGACACAACUACAAAAUGGUGAGAGGUCGUACCAUGUCUUUUAUCAACUCUGUGCUGGUGCUCCAUCAACGCUAAAAGAGAGGCUAAACCUUAAAAGGGCUAGUGAGUACAAGUAUCUUAAUCAGAGUGAUUGCUUGGAAAUUGAUGGUGUAGAUGAUGCGCGGAAGUUUCAUAUGCUCAUGGAAGCGCUAGAUGUUGUUCGAGUUUGUAAGGAAGAUCAAGAACACGCGUUUUCAUUGCUGGCUGCAGUGUUAUGGCUGGGAAACAUAUCAUUUCAAUCAAUUGACAAUGAGAAUCAUGUAGAAGUGUUAGCUGAUGAAGCUGUAACCAUUGCUGCCAUGCUGAUGGGUUGUAGUUCUCAGGAACUGAUUCUUUCCUUAUCCACCCCCGAAAUCCAUGGUAGCAAGGAUAGUAUUGUCAAAAGAUUGACACUGCGACAGGCAGUUGAUGCAAGAGAUGCAUUGGCAAAAUUUAUCUAUGUCAGCUUGUUUGACUGGCUUGUAGAACAAAUUAACAAGUCACUUGCAGUGGGAAAAUGCCGUACUGGGAGAUCCAUCAGUAUACUUGAUAUUCACGGGUUUGAGUCAUUCCAGAAGAACAGCUUUGAACAGAUGUGCAUUAAUUAUGCAAAUGAAAGGCUGCAACAACAUUUCAACCGACAUUUAUUUAAGCUUGAGCAGGAGGAAUGUGAAUUGGACGGGGUUGAUUGGACUAAAGUUGAUUUUCAAGACAACCGAGAAUGCUUGAAUCUGUUUGAGAAGAAACCUUUUGGGCUGCUAUCCUUGUUGGAUGAGGAAUUGAACUUCCCCAAGGCAAAUGAUUUGACCCUUGCCAAUAAAUUUAAGCAACACUUGAAUGCUAAUUCUUGCUUCAAAGCAGAAAAAGCCAGCAGUUUCAGUAUUUGUCAUCUUGCUGGAGAGGUCCUAUAUGACACAAGUGGAUUCUUGGACAAAAACAGAGAUAAGUUGCCCUCUAUUUUCUUCCAACUCCUGUCAUCGUGCAGUUGCCGACUUCUGCAGUUGUUUACUUCCAAAGAGUUUAAGCAGUUCCAGAAACCAGAAAAUUAUUCGUGCCAGAUGAAUGCGUUGGACCCUUCAAAAUCAAGCGCUGGUAUUGAGUUCAAGGGUCAAUUGUUUAAACUAAUGCACCAGUUGGAGAGCAGCAAACCUCACUUCAUUAGCUGCAUAAAGCCAAACAGUAAGCAGCUUCCCGGCAUGUAUGAAGUAAACCUUGUUUUACAACAGCUCAGGUGUUGUGGAGUUUUGGAGGUUGUUAGGAUAUCACGAUCUGGAUAUCCUACUAGAAUGACACAUCAAGAAUUUGCUGGAAGGUAUGGUUUUCUACUUUUGGAGGACGAUUUACCUCAGGAUCCAUUAAGUCUAUCCAUUGCUAUUCUAAAAAGAUUCAGUGUCCUCCCUGAAAUGUACCAAAUUGGCUAUACGAAAGUGUUUCUUAGAACGGGGCAGAUUGCAUCGUUGGAGGAUAAGCGAAAGAAAGUUCUGAGAGGAAUAAUUGGUGUCCAAAAAUACUUCCGUGGUCACCGGGCUCGUUGUCACUUUGAUCAACUUAAGGAAGGAGUCGCAAAGAUACAAUCAAAUGCAGAUGGUCUUUGUGAAAAUACUGGAAGGAAACCAGGUGCUUGUGAAACUGUUGAUGAGCGGCAAAAUUUGAAGAGGUCACAUCCUGAGAAUGGGAAAGCUAAAAGGAAGGCCGGCAGGAAGAUGUCAGAGGUGAAGGAUUUGCCAUCAGAUUUGGCAGAGCUUCAAAGGCGGGUGCUUCAGGCUGAAGCAACUCUGGUGCGGAAGGAGGAGGAAAAUGCUGAAUUACAGGAGCAACUGCAACAAUUUGAAACAAGAUGGUCAGAAUAUGAAUCAAAGAUGAAAUCGAUGCAGGACGUGUGGCAGAAGCAGAUGGUGUCUUUACAGACGAGUCUUGCUGCGGCCAGAAAGAGUCUUGGAUCUGCCAAUACUGCUGGUCAACCUGUAACACUAGGUUCUGUUUCAUCGGCCCGCUAUGAUUCUGAAGAAGCCACAUCUAUGGGAUCUCGAACUCCUGGUGCAAGCACACCCCUCAAUGGAGCAGGGCGUGAGGCUAAUGGCAGCUCGAAUGCAGUCAGCAAUCUGUUGAAGGAAUUUGAGCAGCGGAGACAGAUAUUCGAUGAUGAUGCGAAAGCUCUGGUUGAGGUAAAACCUGGGCAGUCAGCUGCAAAUAUGAAUCCUGAGGAAGAUUUACGAAAACUUAAACACCGGUUUGAGUCCUGGAAGAAAGAGUACAAGGCAAGAUUACGGGAGACAAAGACAAAGCUUCACAAAAUUUGGCACUCAGAAGAGGAAAAACGGCGGAGAAAAUGGUGGGGAAAGAUAGGCUCAAGAGCAUUGUAGUAUCUUGUUUUAGAUGAUCAAUCACCGUCUCGUGAUGGACAAAGGAGAUACCUAAGAGGCUAAGAGGAUGACCGAAGAAAGGAAGUAACUUUCUCAGCAAGCUACCUCUCCUUCUUCAGUAGCUUCUCCUCUGUUUAUAUAUAUGGCAUCACAUAUCGGUGAAUCUUGGUGUGGGGUAGUAUUAUGGAGAGAAACUUGUGUAUCUACCAAAUUUUUGUGACAGUGGGAAUGUUGAUGAUCAUGUGAAUAGAAAAUUAGGGACUUUCUUAAGUGGUUUCAGCCGCUAUUUCUUCAUUGAUUAGUUUAGGCAGUUUGUGUAUAAUCUGUUGGCAUUGAUGUAAUCUGCUACUGUGUAGAUCUUGUUGAAGAUGUGAUAUGUUCAUAUUGUCUGUUUUUUAAGAGAUUAGUACCUGAUUUUCCAAUGUGCUUUUUAUCUUUCUAAAAGCAGAUUACAUG